AUGGCGGAUCCCAGCCCUGCUGAGCGCAGCUCACUGUUGUCCGGCCCUAGAAAGAACAAAUGGCUCGACGAGUCCGACUUUUCUGCUCCUCAAGCUCUUGUUACUGUUGUCCGCCGUCGUUUCUUGGGUUGGUUUAUAAUGUUGCUCACGUCGUUCAUUUUCUUUGCGUGCCUGGCGUGGUCUCUGGCCACUCCACAGCAUAAGCGUCAAGCAAGCGGUCCCGUCAUUGGCACAAACUUUCAAGACCCUUCGGUGGUUCGAUUGGACGAUGGAAGCUAUAUUGCCUAUGCUGGAGUCAAUGGGAAUCCUGCCGGGGUUAAUGUCUUGAUCGCUACCUCUCCAGACUUCUCUAGCUGGACCGUUCAUUCAGGUUACGAUGCCUUGCCAAAUCUCCCUUCAUGGGCAGCCUCGCCGCCGCAUGUCUGGGCUCCUGACGUGACUCAGUUGGACAAUGGGAACUUUGUGCUCUACUAUUCAGUAACAAUGGCCGAGUCUCCGGCAAAGCACUGUGUUGCAGCAGCAACAGCUCCAAACCCAGAAGGACCGUUCACGCCUGUCCAGACGCCACUAUUCUGUGAUCUGACAGCCGGCGGGGCCAUCGACGCUGACGGUUUCAACGACCCUACGACUCACCGGCAAUAUGUCAUCUAUAAGGUGGACGGCAACUCGAUCGGCAACGGUGGCGCGUGUUCAAACUCUGUCAAUCCAAUCGCGCCCACACCUCUGAAUCUACAAGAGGUCAACCCGGAUGACGGGUAUACUUUCAUUGGUGGCGCCACCACUGUUUUACUGAACGAUCCUGAUGAUGGGCCUAAUAUCGAAGCGCCCUCGUUGACCUAUGAUGCUUCGUCCGGGACCUAUAUUCUCCUGUACAGCUCCAGAUGUUUCACGACUGCUCCCUACAACAUCAGAUACGCGACCAGCAACAGUGUCUACGGGCCUUACACAAAGCAGUCAAACCCAUUCCUGGCGACUGGAGGCACGGCCGCGAACGUCUACAUCCCUGGGGGCAUUGACAUCACCAAGGAUGGCAAACUGGCCGUCUUCCACGGUGACGUGAAUAUGGGAUGGUUCGCCGGCGACGGGACAGCACGUGUGCGAGCCAUGUACGCCGUUGAGCUUUCGAUCGGAAACGGUGUCGUCAGUCCGGGCACACUAUACUGA